AUUAAAGAAAAUCCAGCCGUGCGAUAUUUUGAGGCAAACCUGUCACUAUGCAAGGACGAUUUCAACGCAGUGACAAUAGAUUUGGAUCUCCAAAUUCUACCCUACGACCGCGGCAUAUGGGACACGAUUUUCAUGGCGCUCCAAUGCAUGGUUUUGGAAAUCGGACUACGCAAAGAGAGCAUCAAAGAUUUCCACAAGAUCACACCCGGAUUUUUAAUCCACCUGAUUCCCCUUUUAUGAACAGGGUUCCUGGUAGUCAUCCACAGCACAUACAACAUAACCCCCAGUUUAACCCGAAUACUCAUGUGAAUCCACAUGUCCCUCCGCCGCCUAUAACUGACAAUCUACAAUCACAAAAAGAAUUUCCCUUUCAGCAUCCAGGCCCACACACUCAGCAACAUGAUCCUGGAAGUCAAACGCGGAACAUCUCAUUGCAAAACCCAGGGAUGUCACAAGUUUACCCAAGAAAUGAAGCUCGCGAUUUCCCUAAAAUGCAAGAAAGUCAUAUUGGUAAUUCAAAAUGGAUGCAGUCUGAUAAAAAAUUUCACUUUCAAGAACAGCAAUCAAAUGCGAAUGUCUCUUUUCCUCCAUCAGGUUAUUCUGUGAGCACAUUGGGAGACUGUAGACAGUUUCCUCCUCCUAGUUAUAUAGGUGAUGGUAUUAAAAAUCAAAUGGUGUUUGAUUCUCCAAAAUCUGAACACCACAUGCAAUUUACACAGGAAAUAAGAGAACAACCCAAACUAGAGAGAACAAAGGAAACUAGCCAACAAUGGGUCAAUAGAUGGCUUGGGCAGAUAGGAAAGUCAUCUUCAGGUCAGCUAACUCAGCUAUCUUCAGAACCUGCAUCUGGUAAAACUUUGAAAAUUUGUGAAGCCCAAGAACGAGUAAAACAAAUGUUUUUCUUGUUAGCAAAGUUGAAACAGGAGACUGCAUAUUUGGAGUCGCUAACAUAUGACAGUGAUGAAUGGAAAGCUCAUACAGAAAUAACUACACAACUACAGAUUGAACUGAGACAGCAUAAAGAUGUGAUGACAGACGAAGCGAUGCUAAGUGACUUACAACAAAGAAUUGCAAAAAGGAGAAAGAAAAGGCUGAGACAGAAAGAGGUAAGGAGAGAAAGGUAUGAUGACAGACAAACACAGAUGGCUGAAAGGGAUAAGUUACAUAAGAUGGUUGAUGACUGGCAGGCCAGAAUUCAAAAGGAAGAACUCAACAAAAGUCAGGAGAAAGAGCUAAAAGCUACUGCAGACUCCAUACUUAGUGAAGUGAGGAAGAAAAUAACAGAUGCUGUGAAGACUAUUGAUCUCCUAAAGGGUUUACAAAAAUUACGAAAACUCCGCAAGGAUAGGUUGUCUCGACAAGGUAUCACUGUACCCAUUGGUAAUGACAUCAUAUUUGAGGAGCAGGUGACACAGCAACUCAAAAUGAUGCAAUCCCAGAAGGAAGUUUACCUUGCUGAGGAGAAAACUCUCAAGGUUAUGUUGGAGGUGGAGCAAGAGGAGACAAAGGAAAAGGAGAGGGAGCGCAUACUGAAGAUACAGAAACAAAAAGCAGAGAGAGAUGAACGACAAAGUAAUAUAAAGAUGUUUGGAUCAAGUGAAAGCAUGGAAGAAGAUGACCCACUGUUUCCCUAUUUCCAGUACUAUGAUCAAGCAAACCAGAAGUUGGAAGCUCUCCUCCAGAUAAGGAGAGAUUGGGACAUGUUUUUGGUACCAGAUGGAACACCAGGUGGCAGUAGAAUACCAGAUGGAUUUGUCCUACCCUCUGAUCCAUCCAGUGAAGCUUGGGCUACUGCUUUGAAAGAUGAAUAA